AUGACCUCUGGAAUAAAUUACUUCAUGUUGUGGGUGAAUCUUUAUUUGAUCCAUUUCUCGACGAUCCAAGCUCAGUGCACUGGAAAUGGUUUCAUGAAUAGCUGUGCUUGUAAUUUCAUCAAUGCUUGCAAAUAUGAUGCCAGUACAAAUACAUUUGAUGCCUUUAGUGGUUCAGCAAGACAUCUGGAAAGGUUCAUCCCAAACGUGAGAUCUUAUGCUAUGCCAACUUCACAGGUUACUCAAAUUUGUGAGCCUGGCAAUUUUGGCAUUAUAUAUGACUGUGAAAAUCGCAUUCCUCUUGCUGCUACGGCUAUUUUGACUGCUGAUCAGUAUGAAUCAACUGCAAAACCGAGACCAGGUAACAAAUUUAAGCCAAGCGCAUUAAUUCUACAUAAUUUUCAACAAAAUGAUAAUGAUUAUCGUAUGCCUUUGCAACGCAUACCAUGCUACGAAACGUCGGGCAAUCGUUACUACUUUGAAAAGAGAUGGUAUGAAGCAAUAACUAAAAAAACGAUUGCACCUUUCUCUGCAUGUCCAGUUUCAGGUAAACCAGUGAAAUCACCUAUUCACAGAGGUCAUUUGAUUGCUGCACAGUAUGGUCGUGGUUCAUCAGAAAGGCCUAUCCAGACGUUCGUAUUUACGAAUGCAGUUCCACAGUUUGCAACGUUGAAUUCGGGAAGGUGGAACAAAUUCGAAAAUACACUUAUUGAAUGGGCACGUAGCAACUGCAGAAGAGCUCCACUGCAUGUCAUUGUCGGUUCCAUACCUUCAACAUAUCCAGGAAACGAACGGAGGUUUAUUUGUCAGCCAGGGUUCAGUAAUUUUAUGGGAGGAUCAUUCAAAUUCGGAGGAGAGUAUAGAGCUAAUGUACCGGCGUUCUUGUGGACAGCAGUGUGUUGUCAUUCUGUCGCAUUAUCCACAUCGUUCACUAGAAGCACUACCUUUUUUGCGCCAAACAUUCCUAUUAAGCCGGGCUUGGUCAACAGUAUUGAAGUGAGCAGAUUGUUUUCAGCUGUUAGAGCCCAUCAUAUAGAUCUUUUUCCUGGAAUGCCAAGCUGUAACGACGACGCAAAUUACAUCCCCAUUUUUUAUUAAAAGUCUUGUGGUAAUAAUUUGUUCAGUUUAAUCCUAUCCUUUUUUUAAUGAAGUAUAAUUAUCACUUAUUUACUGAGACCGAGGGAAACAGUGUGUUUUGUGGACCCGAGACAGUCGAUGUUUCCCGAGGCGAAGCCGAGGGAAACAUCGACGGUCGAGGGUCCACAAAACACACUGCUUUCCCGAGGUUUCAGUAAAUAAGUGUUUUAUUAUAUAUCAAUAGUCAAAGAAACAACAAAUUAAAGAACAAAUGAAUGUAAAUACAUGAAAUAUUUUAUUGUUAAAACAUUAAAUUUAACACUGCAGUUACUUAAAGCAAAAGUUUAAAUUACUAGGUAUGUCCAAAGGUCGCACCUUCACGUGAUGGCGCAUGUGAUUUUUUUUCGUUAUUCGCCGGUCGAUAACGUAUUGUUUCCCCCCCGCGCUGUUGCGAGAUAUGCUCUCGAC